AUGGCGCGUUUCGCCCCUGCAGAUUUGCCAGAUGCAGCAGCCGAGAAAUGCAACCUCAACGUCGUGAUAAAAUAUGGGGGACCCCAAGGCCCAGUAGAGGCCCUCUCUCUGAUUGUGCCGAUAUGGCUGCCACGCAUCGAGCUAACGUAUAGCUACGUCCACGUGAUCAUGCAGCUGUUGGAGGCCCGCCAGCACGAUCUGUCAUGGGAGACAUAUGCGGGGACCACAACACUCUUUGGCCAGGCUCAUAAGGUCUUUACAAAGGUUUUGGGCUACAUAUGCGGACAGGAUGGGGUGCUCGACAGAUCGAGAUCCAAUUGCGCAAUGACACUUAGAGAAUACGACAACGGGACGAUGCGAGCACUUCAAUUAAUUAUACAUGAGCUUCAUAUCAAAAGUUUUGGUGCUCCACUACCGCAAGACAGUUUAAACUUACUACACUUGACCUUAAAACAAGCGGGAAAAUCCGUAUCGCCCAGUCUGUCAGAUAAUUGCAACGCUGCAGGAGGACAGUAUCACAAAAUUCAACCCGUCUGUUUAUUUCAAGCCGUACCACUAGCCACAAACAUCACAAAGCAAGCCUUUAAUUUGUGGCGUUUAUCGACGCUCAUCGUCAUGGAUGUAUUGGGCAUAGCGGCACCUCGCCAGGUGACGGGAGAAUCUGUACACACCCUGUUCAUGCGCCUGAAACAGAACAACCCAGAUCGAUUCAAGCUCUGCAUGCGGCUUCUUAACUGGCCGGAUGACAAGCAGCAGAUUGAGAACGAACAUGAUGCCAAAAAAUUUCUCGACACCAUCCAGUCCGCUCACCUAAUGUUUGAUCCGUUUACCAUGGGUUGGGCACUUAACUCAGCCCGCGAGGAAGGCCCACAGAUCGGCAGAAAGAUUGUCAUGGAAAACCCAGAAAUUCCCGAAGCUGUCAGAAAAGUUAUUGUUGAAGCAGCUGAAGUAGAAAAGCACGGUAUGCCCAUGCCCAUGCAGGGAACAGAGAAGAUGAAUUGGUUUCAGAACUUAAGGUCAGUGGAAGACGAAGCCGGAACUUUUGCUGGCAGAAGUCGUGGACCACCGAGUGAAUGGGCACAGCCGAGUGCGCCACCCCCAGAACACAUGGGGUACAGCCAGCAUCAGCCAGCUAUUUUUAGGCUAUCGUCUGUGAGUCCAACAGCCCCAGGCGAAGAGCGAGCACCAUCAGAGGACAUAGAGUGGCGGUCUCCACAAACAUUGCCAUGGAAUGCCUUUCAACAGGCUCUGGCCAAGAGGCAUGGUCCCUACCGGAGAGUGCCUACUUGGGUAGAAGUCACUGAAGGAUGCCCCAUUGAGGGUUCGCAAACAGCGGCAGGAAAGAGAAUUGAUAUGGUGAAGGCCACCGACGAUGUCAUGCUCCGACUAGCUACGAUGACCCCAGAUCUUUUGCAAAAAUCCGGCGGUCCCUCUUCUGCCCGCUUUGCAGCGCUGUGCGCAGGUAUGGGAGCCUUCCUUUCCAGCUGGCAGCAGCUUUUAGAGACAGCCAUGGUUGAGACUGCCAUGGGACCUAUGGCUCAUGCUACACUCAUUGAGCGCUUAGCGAAUCUUCACAAGUAUUUCCUAUUUCCUUUCGGCGACAUCAACGAGGAAUCAAAAAACGAAGAGGAGGCGUAUAAUUCCAGGAGGAAAGCGAUAAAAUCCGUAGCCUCUAGUAAGUCAAAAAAUGGUGCCCACGCAAGCGAGGCUGAUCAGCACAAUGCAAAAAGCAUCAACAUGGCCGCACCAGUUCUGAGCCUUCUCCUCGCAGCCCUGUGUCAAAGUCCCUCUCCUGCACGGUGUCCGUGGCUCGAGUACGGGGAGGUGUUCUCUUGUGUCUUCCCUGGUGCAGUUAAUGCUGGAGGAAGCGUCGCUACACACCCCGCUGAGGGUUUCCGCCCGACAAAGCAAAAGGCACGGACUCUUUAUGGAGGCAUUGCCAACACCCUGGGGGUCCCUCUGACUCUUGCAUCUUCUGUGCAGGAGGCGUUUGCAGCUUUCAUUUUUGUUAACUUGACAUCUAAGGGCAAGAGGAAACAGGGAAAGACGCAGAACCAAAUUAUUGGAGUAUGCGCUGCAAUGCACGUUUCAAGCAUACUUUACAAAUGCGCUAGAGGCAAAGAGCACGAGCUGGCGUUGAACAUGUUCAGUUCAAACAUCGAUGGAUCCAAACUAGCUAAACACCUGAUGGCCGCUGGAGCCUUAUCCCUGGCCAGCCAUCCAACACUCGUCGAGCUCUGCGACCCGGAAAAAGCCUCUAUAAUCAAUAACAGCCCCUCUAUCCGGUUCUUUCGUUACUGCUUCUCAGCGGAGGUGCUGCAAGACAUCCUUGUGACGGUAUCCCCUGUAUGGGAAGAACGGUCACUUUUCCAAAGUUACGUAGAAUCCAGCAGCAAAGUGACGUUCGUCUCGGCAACCCCGCGAAAGCGUUUUUUUAGUUCAAGUUCAGAGUCAGAGUCAUUAUUCCCUCAAAACACUGAAGGCACAGAUGUUCCCAUCCCAGUCGUGCAGGAAGACUUUGACGAAGCAGGCCUCAAUACCAAGGCGGGGAAAGAGAGCCCACUAAAAAGUGGCUCUUUGAAGACAGACUCUAUCAGCUAUAAGAAGGGAGAGGGACUGUAUCCCCAGUUGAACGAGCUGUGA